UGGCGUGCGUAGCUAUCGCACAAAAACAUUAUCAGUGUCGCUUCGUCGCCUUGACAAUACGGUUUAACUGUUUCACGCGUUUAUCGGGGUUUCGUUUGGGUUUGCAAAGAGCUGCAAACCUAACAUACCAACCGUGAUUCAGUGCAACUGAGAACCCAUUCACGGUUUGCAGUAGGGUUUCCGGCCUGUGGUUUCACCUGAUUCGUAAUGGAUGACAAACUGCGCAAAGCUCGUAAAGCGCGUAUACGCUCGAUCGUUCGCUCCGCUGUUAAUUUUCUCUAUCCACUCCGAUAUCUAGUUCUGAUCGGUAUUACAGUGAUUGUAGUUCUAUUGUUACGUCAACGAGAUCGACAAAUUUUGAACAUCGGAAUUGGACAUUUCGGCGAGCAUUUUGUGGAUGUGACUCGCAAAAGCCGGGUUAUAGAGAAAAUUGAUUACCAUAACUAUGAACAGAUACAGAACGAUUUGAACCGUGUUGGCCCAGGUGAACAGGGCAAACCAGCAACUCUCAGCCCGGAAGAAAAUGACAGCGAGAAGCGGAAAGAGCUUUAUUAUAAGAAUGGAUUCAACGCUCUACUCAGCGAUAAGAUCAGCAUUAAUCGUUCAAUAGCCGAUUUGAGACACCCAAGCUGUAAACUAAAAUCAUACCUGAGUCAGCUACCGCUGGCAAGUGUUGUAAUUCCAUUCUACGAGGAACACUGGAGUACAUUGCUAAGAACGAUAUAUAGCGUGCUUAACAGAUCACCACCUCAUCUGCUAAAGGAAGUCAUCAUUGUGGACGAUGGCAGCACCAAGGAGUUCCUGCAUGAUAAACUCGAAGACUACAUCAAACAACACCUUCCAAAGGUAAAGCUGAUACGACAGCCCGAACGUACCGGGCUGAUCAAGGCACGUCUUGCUGGGGCGAAAGUUGCCUCUGGCGAGGUACUUGUGUUUCUUGAUUCACACACCGAAGCUGGUUAUAAUUGGUUACCUCCGCUGUUGGAGCCAAUUGCUGAAAAUCCCAAAACAUGUGUCUGUCCGUUGAUCGAUGUUAUCGACGAUCAAACGUUUGACGUGCAUGCCCAGGACGAGGGUGGACGUGGACUUUUCGACUGGACGUUUCAUUACAAACGCAUUGUGGUUAAAGCUGAAAACAGAAUCUCGCCGACGGAACCAUUUCCUAGUCCCGUUAUGGCUGGUGGACUGUUUGCGAUUGGAGCCGAUUUCUUCUGGCAGCUCGGAGGAUACGACGAAGAACUUGACAUAUGGGGUGCGGAGCAGUACGAGAUAAGCUUUAAAAUUUGGCAGUGUGGAGGUCGCAUGGUGGAUACUCCUUGUUCCCGUUUUGGUCAUAUAUAUCGCUCCUACAGCCCAUUUCCCAACUCGCGAAAGUACGACUUUGUCACACGGAACCACAAACGUGUUGCAGAAAUAUGGAUGGAUGAAUACAAACAAUACAUUUACAACCGUGAUCCGGAGCGUUACGCCAAAGCGGAUGCAGGCGACAUGAGCAAAAUGAAAGCUAUUCGAGCAAAGCUUAACUGCAAACCGUUUAAAUGGUUCCUGCAAGAAGUCGCACCAGAAAUAAUUGAGCUUUACCCUCCUGUCGAACCUGAACCAUAUGCGUCUGGUUCCAUCCAAAACGUUGCAGAUUCUACCCUUUGUAUCGACACAAUGCAACGUGGCAGAGGAAAGCCGAUUGGGCUAUAUCCUUGUUCUAACAACCUUGCAGAACCAACGAAUCGGAAUCAGUACUUUGUACACAGCUGGCACCGCGAUAUACAGUUAAAGUAUGGCGAAGAAUGUUUAGAUGUCCCGGAAAGUAGUCCACGUUCACCUGUAACAGUUUUCACGUGUCACUUACACCAGGGAAACCAAUUUUUCCAAUACGAUCAUAAAACACAACAAAUCAAACGAAAUGACGUGUGCAUUGAUAGCGAUCCUCAGAAAAAAGAGGUGUUUGUGAAUCCAUGCAAUACUAACAGUAUAACACAGCGGUGGAAGUUCGGUUCUGUGAACUUGAAAUUGUUGAAACAAUGGAAGACGUAUGGCGCUAAAUUUAUGUAAUAACUAUUAAUAAGUAAUUGUAAGAAAAGCAAAUACAACUCAUCAAAAUCAUAAAUAAUCUAUUCCUUGAUUUACGAACAUGUGUAAAAUUGUCAAUCCCGUUGCACGUUGAAGGAGCUACCAGCUGCAACUAGGAAUCAACUAGGAUUUAACGAACGACAGAAAUACCUCACCCAAUUGACUCCUGCCACUAUAGUUUAUUUCAUGUUUCAGGUGUCACCGCAUCAACUACUCUAACAAUUUACCCCAGACGAGCAUUAUCGUGCCAUUUUAUGACGAACAUUGGACAACACUACUGCGUAC